ACUGACUGUCUUCGCUUCUUCCUUCACAUCAAAAUGGCGUCCACGAAGCGACAAGAUGGAGAUGCAGAGGCCCUCCGACAAUGCGAGAUUUAUGUCGAAAAACACAACAUUCAGGGAGUUUUGAAGGAUUGUAUCGUUCAACUAUGUAUCUCAAAACCCGAAAAUCCAUACAAAUUCUUCCGGGAGUAUUUCGAAAAGUUAGAAAAGGGCCAUGAAGAAAAGAAAGAGGAGACUGCUCGCUUGGAGGCUGAACCAGAACAACGAGCCGAGGUUGAGGAACAUCCACCUCCUUCCAAACCUUUCCAGCGACAAAGACGAGGAGCUGUUAGCGCAGCACCGAUCACAGAAGAUGAAGCAACAUCAUACGUGAAAAAGGUCGUGCCGAAGGACUACAAAACAAUGGCUGCUCUCUCAAAAGCAAUCACCAAAAAUAUAUUGUUCUCGCAUCUGGACGAGAACGAACGAAGCGAUAUUUUCGAUGCUAUGUCCCUUGUGAAACACGGAGCGGGUGAAAUUAUUAUAAAACAAGGCGACGAGGGAGACAAUUUUUACAUUGUCGACAGUGGCGAAGUCGAUGUUUUUGUCAACAAUGUGGGUUUGGUCUCUACCAUUGGGGAGGGAGGGAGCUUUGGAGAACUUGCCCUGAUCUAUGGCACCCCAAGAGCUGCGACUAUCAAGGCAAAGACUGAUGUGAAGCUGUGGGCUAUCGACCGAGUAACCUACAGACGGAUCUUGAUGGGUAGCCAGAUCAGAAAGAGGCGCAUGUACGAACAGUUCCUGGAAAAGGUCAGCAUCCUGGAGUCCCUGGACAAGUGGGAGAGACUGACAGUGGCUGAUGCUCUGGAGCCAACACAGUUCCAGGACGGUGACGAUGUGGUGGUACAAGGAGAGCAUGGCGAUGAAUUCUUUAUUAUUGUGGAGGGUACAGCUGUGGUUCUCCAGAGACGCUCAGCCAACGAGGACUUUAUAGAAGUCAGCAGACUGGGCCCUUCAGACUACUUUGGUGAAAUUGCACUGGUACUUAACCGACCUCGAGCUGCCACAGUACAGGCCCGCGGCACCCUCAAGUGCGUCAAACUAGACCGGCAGCGCUUUGAACGUGUACUUGGGCCGUGUAUUGACAUCCUCAAGAGGAAUAUCCAACAGUACAACAGCUUUGUGUCGCUGGUUGUGUAGGGUGGUAACAAGAGGCUGUUGUGAAAACAUGGGUUGAGUGAAUGUCCCUGCAGAAUCUUAGCAGCCAGGUGUAUAUUGUAUUUAAUUACCAUCCUGUAUCAGUAUCAAGGGUUUCGAAUCUAUGGACAAGACAGUCAGCUUAGAUUUAGGAUACAUAUCAUUUUAAUAUAAAAGUGUGCUGGGUGGUUUAUUGGGUCAUAAUCCCUUCUCUCAUUAGACAUGUAUAUUUGUUUCCAGUUGUUGUAGUGUGUAGAGUUUAAUACCUUUGCUUAAGUGAUCAAAGAGAGCCUUAACCUUUCAUUUUCUUGCUGGUCAUAACACCUUUUGAGAAAAUAGUCAGGGGCGGUUACAGGGGAGGUGGGUUGGGUGGAUAUCCACCCCCUUUUUGAGCAAAAAAAAUUGAAAAUUCACUUUGAAGAAACUGCGAAGAAGGUACUGUCCAUGUGCCAUCGCCUGCUUGAGCUUAUGCGACAAAUUCAAUUCAGCUUGAAGUACUGUUAGAUCUAUGUGACCUACCAAGAACUACUGGAUCCGUUACAGGCUGCCGAUACGGCCAUUAUCCACCCCCUAUUUUAAAAUCCUGGAUCCGCCCCUGAUAGUGAAAUGCAUUCGACUUUGCUUCAGUGCUGCAUACAGUACCCUGUGCCAGGGGAUUGUCAUCACUUCUUUGCAUCUAAUAAUAGGCUGAAAAGCCCGUGCCAGCCCUCUCAUUUGCAUACUUUUUUUUUUCUGGAAUGCUGUGACAUGGCCCUGUUAUAAGAUAUUUCAGCCCUAUCCCUCCUCUCGCUUGCACAAUUAAGUGGCAACUACGACAUGAUACAUCCCUUUUUCUGUAAAACAGCAAUGCCUGAAGGCAAGUUACUGCUAAAGAAGAGCUUUGACUGUAAAUACAAAAACGUUCCGUUGUUUGUUUUAACUUAUUCCAUUUUAUCUUAGUUUAUUUAAUGGCUACAUAGUUGUCCCUGUGAAGCAGAUAGGUUCAAUAAAAAUUAGUGAAAAGUGAUAAUACCCCUUUAAGUAAAAAAAAAAGUAUACAUAAUCAGCUGUUCAAUAACCAUCAAUUUUACCAAAUGUAUGUGAACUCGACUGAACUUGUAGCAAAUUAAGUGCAUAGGGGAAUCGAAUCAUCUAGUGUCAGUAAAAUACAUAUUUUACCUAUUGAGUAAGAACACUGUAGGUGUUGAGUUAAAUCUUUCAAUAGCCAUGAUAAUGAGAAUUAUUUCCAAACCUUUAGCCUUGUUAUAGCUAGUGUUUAGGCAAGGUAAAAAAAAGACAAUUUAUUUGCUGCAAAUAAAUAUGUUCUACCAGGGAAAACAGGUAUGGUGUUAUUUUAGAUUCACUCUGAGCAAGAAUGGUUUAUAGAGGAAAAAAAUUCAAAUGUUAAAUGAUAGGCAAAUGUAGGAUUAUGUUAAGAAGAUAAAAAUAUUACUGGGUACUCGCUCCUAUUGUCUGAAAUGUGAACGGCAUUUUAGCUGCAAAACAAUUGUGUAAGUUGUAUGGGUUAUUUGAAAGAAACUUGCACACUUGUGAUAUAGUUGUCAGUCAGUUGAAGUUAUGUAUCAAGUACAGAAAAAUAAACAAUUGGAUCAUAACCGAAA